AGAGCAUUCAAUACAAAAAAAAAGUAUAUAAUAAACGAUUCAAGCUCUUGUGAGUUGAUUGGAGCAAAGCACAAUUAGAGAGAAAGUGACGAAAAAUGUACAAGUCGAGAUUGCAAGAGCUUUGCCAGAAGAAAGCAUGGAGGUUGCCAGAGUACAACACCACAAAGCAGGGCCAAGACCACAAUCCUCUCUUCGAAGCCACCGUAACCGUCAACGGAACUUCGUUUCAGUCUCGGAAUCCGGCCAGGUCUUCCAAAGAAGCCCAAAACGACGCGGCUCAUCUCGCUUUCCUGCAUUUCACAUCCCCUCCUCCUCUCCCUGAUUCUGGCACGUCAAAUGCAAUUGCUAAUUUUGAUACUAAAAUUGCUGAUGGCACGAUUUUGUCACCGGGAACUCAAGAAAAUCGACAUUCUCAGGUCGAUGAAUCUGAUUCCAUUUGCAAACAUAAUGAAAAUGUUAAAGACAUUCAACAUAUGUAUAAGAGCCUACUGCAAACUUUUGCUCAAAAGAGAAACCUUGGCCGACCGGUGUAUUCUUGUGAAUUCGAGGGUCCUCCUCAUGCUAGUCGUUUCCGGUGCAAGGUCACUGUCAAUGACAAAACCUUUGAGAGUUUGGAGUUCUUUCCAACAAUAAAGGAAGCUGAACAUGCAGCGGCAAAAAUCACUUUAUCAUCUUUGUCUCCUGAUGCAAUCGAGAAGGAAGACUGUAACUUAUACAAAAACCUUUUGCAAGAAUUGACUCAGAAGGAAGGUUGUCCCCUACCAGUUUAUAAUACAACUCGAUCUGGUGAAGCCCAUUCAUCAACCUUUGUUUCCAUUGUUAAGGUAAAAGGCGAGGUAUUCACGGGACAGGAAGCGAAAACCAAGAAGCUGGCAGAGGCUUUGGCAGCAAAAGUUGCAUGCAAGAACCUAAAAGAACGCAAGUCAAAUAGGGGUUCGAUGGCCAUUACUCCUGCCUACAAGGAAAGGCGUAUUCUCUCAUCUUCUAAUGUGCCGUCAAAUGUCAAUGCUGAUACCCAACAGGAUCUUGGAUGCAUAGCCAGCUCAUUGCUUAAUGCUGUCCCAAUCUCAGGAAAGAAUCCACAGCAGGACAGGAUUAAUGAAACAUUCUGCAUCCAUGAUCUCUCUGUUUUCCCACAACCAAAGAUAACUACAGAUUGGCAGAGUAGUUCAUCCUUAUCAGAUCGGUCUGAUCAGUCUGUGUCAGUAGAUGAUCUUUCUGCAUCAAAUUUACCUCAGAAGAAUUCAGCUAUUACCAAAUCGGUCGAGGGUUCAACCAAUCAGUCAGUUGAAAUCGGUAACAUAUCCUGCAACAGGACCGUGGUUCAACCCUUUGUGCCAAACAUGAAGAUUCCUGCAGGUAGCACUGUAUUGCUCAUGAGUGAUGGCCACUGGGUUACUCUGAAGCUUGGAUCUCAAGCAAACCAGGAUUCAUGUGAAGUGUGAACAACAAGAUUUUGUUGCUAAUAAUCAAUUGUCUUGACAUGUUUCUAUUAAUCGAUUCAUGUUAAGCAGAAGCCGCUGAAUGGUAUAUUUUGAAUCAGGGGUGUAAUGAA